AUGAAGUUUCUAUCCGCCCUGGCGUGCGUCCCCUUGGUUUGCGCAGUUCCGGCACCCCUGGAAAAGCGCGCAAACCCUACGGUCAUCGCACCGCUCCCCAAAGCCACAGUUGCUGGUGUCGAGGCACUUAGCGUAGAGUCCUUCAAGGGAAUACCUUAUGCAAAACCACCUGUUGGCCAACUACGACUCAAGCCACCCCAGCCAUUGACGGCAGAUCUUGGAAAUGUUGAUGGAACUGGCGUACCUAGAGCAUGCCCUCAGUUCCUCCUUGGCGUAGACAACCAAAACAUCCCCGCCGAUAUUCUAGGAACGGUACUCAAUCUGCCGCUGUUUCAAAAGAUUACAAAUGCUGGGGAGGACUGCUUGACCAUCAACGUGCAGCGACCAGCCGGGACCAAGGCUGACGCGAAACUGCCGGUACUUUUCUGGAUCUUUGGCGGCGGCUUCGAACUGGGCUCGACUCAAAUGUACGAUGGAACCAGUCUCGUUCGCGAAUCUGUCGACCAGGGCAAGCCCAUUAUCUUUGUUGCUGUCAACUACCGCGUCGGAGGAUUCGGGUUCCUGCCCGGAAAAGAAGUUCUCCAGGACGGCUCUGCCAACCUUGGACUGCUCGAUCAACGUCUCGGUCUGCAAUGGGUCCAGGAUAACAUUGGAGCAUUUGGUGGCGACCCAGACAAAGUCACUAUCUGGGGGGAGAGUGCUGGCUCCAUCUCGGUACUCGACCAAAUGAUGUUGUAUGACGGAAACAUCAACUACAAAGGAAAGCCUCUUUUCAGGGCUGGAAUCAUGAAUUCUGGUUCCAUUGUUCCUACCGACCCUGUAGACUGCCCCAAAGGCCAAGCUGUCUACGACCAAGUUGUUCAGGCAGCGGGGUGUGCAGGCUCAAGCGACACUCUAGCGUGUCUCCGCACAGUCCCAUACACCACGUUACUCAAUGCCGCCAACUCGGUCCCUGGUCUUUUGUCUUACUCUACACUCAAUCUGUCCUACCUUCCCCGCCCGGAUGGAAAGGCCCUUACCGCUUCCCCCGAUGUUCUAGCUAAGGCUGGAAAGUAUGCCAAGGUACCAAUGAUUAUCGGCAACCAAGAAGAUGAAGGCACGCUAUUCAGUCUCUUCACCAUGAACAUCACGACGACUAGCCAGAUAACAACCUAUCUUUCCAGUAUCUUCUUCAACAACGCUACUCCGCAACAGGUCCAAGACAUAGUUAGCAGCUACCAGAACACCAUCGAAGACGGAUCGCCCUUCCGCACCGGCUUGCUCAACAACCUGAGCCCUCAGUUCAAGCGCAUCGCCGCCAUUCUCGGUGAUCUAACCUUUAUCCUGACGCGACGCCUCUUCCUCGAAACCGCAACCCAGGUGAACCCGGGCGUGCCAGCAUGGUCGUACCUGGCUUCCUACGACUACGGAACUCCGAUACUUGGUACUUUCCACGCUUCCGACCUGUUGCAAGUCUUUUUCGGUAUUCUGCCUAAUAACGCACGCACGACAAUCACAGGUUACUACUACUCCUUCGUCUACAACCUCGACCCCAAUGUCGGCAACGACUUGAUGGACUGGCCGCAGUGGAGCCAGAGCAAGAAGCUGAUCAACUUCAAUGCAAACAGCAAUGGUUAUCUCGACGAUAACUUCAGGAGUGACUCGUAUGACGUCAUCAAGAAGACUGUCGAUAGCCUGAAGGUCUGA